AAACAAGAAGGCAUAGGGUAGUGCGCGUGUGGAGUAGAAAGUGGUGGGGGUAUCACGAAGAGGGAGGUUUGUGUGAGAAAGAAAGGGAGAGAGAGAGAGAGAGAGAGAGGAAAAAAGAGGAACGAUGACGGGGUGCGCACCUGCUCGCGCUCGAGUUUGCCCGCCAGUCGCCGGGGUGGUUUUGUCCGGUUGGGGAAACGAGCGCGUUCAUCGCUAGCUCGUAUACGCGAUGAAGAGAUAGGAAGGAAGAGUUUUACUCUCUCUCUUUCUCUCUCUCGUCGUCGUCGUCAUCGUCGUCGUCGUCGUCGUCGUCGUCGUCGUCGUCGUCGUCGUCGUCGUCGUCGUCAUCGUCGUCGUCUUCGUCAUCGUCGUUAUUAUUUUUAUCGUUAUAGUUUCUCGUAAAAAAUAGUGACGUAAUUAAGAACACGUAUAUAAACGAUCCUACGUGACAUAUAAAACGUGUUGGACAAACAACUUUUAUCCUCGAAAUUCACUAUGUGUCCCAGGACAAAGGAGGGCGACAAAAAAAAGAAUAAUAUCAAAGCCAAGGGCCACCAGUCAGCCUUUGAUUCUCUUUUCACGUGACUCUCACCGGAACAAAAAGCUGCUAUAGUAGAUUCUCUUCUUCUCGUUUUUUCUUCCACAGACUUGUUUGUACCACCCCCUCACCACCACUACUACUACCACCACCACCACCACCACCACCACCAUCACCAACACCACCACUACACCGUCUUAUUGCUCUUUUACACGACCAACAAACGCUAUUCUUCUUAUUCUUAUUCUUGCCCUUAUUCUUAUUCUUAUUCUUAUUCCACCUCGCUUUCAUAGCUUAUUUACUUGUGUACUCACGUGUGCGCGCACGCGUAUCCGAGUGCCACCACCUAAUCUCUCUCUCUCUCUCUCUCUCUCUCUCUCUCUGUCUUUUUCUCUGUCUCUUUCUCUCUCUUUUUUCUAUUUCAUCCCCUCUGGCCUCUCUUAAAGCUCGCCAUCCUCUAUCCCGCUCCUCCUAGUGCUCUUACGUCAUCGGAGCUUCUCACUCUAUUCAUUUUUCGUUCUGUUGAAGCACGCAUCGUGGCAUGUGUCGAACGAAAAAUUUCCUAUAUAUAAAACGUUUCUUGCCCUGAUGACCGACAAUCUCCUUCUAUCACGAAAAAAUGAAAUUCUAUUACAUUCGAUUUUUCUAUCGUCCCUUCCGCCAUUAUUUUUUCUUUUUUUGCUACAUUCUCUAUCGCUUUUAUUUUUUUCGUAGACACAUAGGUAGAAAGGUAUAUCUCCAAAUUCAAAAUUGUAAACUUUUAAGAUUUAAGUUUUAUAACGUUUGUUAUGUUAUUGGUUCUGCUUCUUUUUCGUUCUUCUUAUUAAAUUUGAUUCUCAAGGAUUCGUAAUAUAGCAACCGUGUCAUUUAAAUCGAUGCUGCGAGGUCGUCUGACGUAUUGGGAAAAACGGCUGACAAUGAGCUGGCAAUAGAGAGUCUUACGCAGCCAUUCGAACGAGGUCGAUGGCGCGCACUUCCGAUGGUAUAUGACGCUCGAAGGACACGUCGUCAAUUUCUUUUUUCUUUCUCUCUCUUUCUCCCUAUCUCUUCUUUAUCUUUUGUUUUUUUUUUUUCAGUUCCUAAAACUUUGAACGUGUCCUAUGUAUUACGCGAUUUUACAUUCACGCGACACGGACGUGUCCUUUCGUGUAGCUUAUCAGUAUAUCUCUCGACCUUGUCAACUUCGAUUUUUUGAGUCACGUGCAUGUUUCUGUCGAUUCGAAACGAUCUAUCGAAGUACGAUAGAUCAUUUAUAUAUUUUUCAAUUGAAAAUAUUUUAUUUAUUUGUAAUAUUUAUUUCCUUAGAUAUUAUAAUUUCUCACGAAAGAUUCGAUUAACAAUUUAGGGAUAUUCCUUGGAGGUUCCCUUUGUAGUAAAAUAGCAACGUCGUUAUCUACGUUUUCUCGAAGCAAGUAGAUUGCACUAUGCACCGAUACUAUCACCAUAAACACUAUCACCACUACCACGAUUUUUAAUCACAAAUACACACGUAGCAUUGGUAUUUUUCUAGAUGACAUCAAAAUUAGGAUAACAGCUUGCGAAUAAAUAAAUAUUCUAUUUUAUUCUAAAUGCUUCUCUAUCUCCUCCGAAGUCGGUCGAUUCUUAGAUAGGUUCUUCGCAACGUAGUCCUUACGAAUCUCCUCUUUAAAGUAGUUAACAAUCUAUGACUUCUUAGAUGCUAGAUCGAAAUAUUCUCACAUUCGAAGGUCUAGUCUUUAGCCACAAGGUAUCCUGGUACAAAUGUUAUCACACUUGUACCAACUACGAGAUAUAAUGUGAGUAUGUAAUAAGCAAGGGUCAACAACAUUCAUUAAAUCUCUUCAUUUGUUAAUGGGAAAAGAAAAAGAAAAAUAAAAAAAAUAAAAAUAAAAAGAAGAGAUUAGAUCAUUCAUCAAUUCAUCGACAAGAUUUAUCCUAGCAACUCGCUUGAAUGUAUAAAAGAAAAAAAACAAAUUUGCAUCUCGCUUGCUAUUAUCUGUGUGUGUGUCUGUCCACGUAGUUUGUUCAAUGUACACGUAUGUAUGUAUGUACAUUUUUAUACGUACGAGCGUAUAAGAAUUAAAACUUUCGAUCGAACAUGACACAUUUUUUUUCACAUCGAUUUUAAAUGAUCGUUUAAUCAACUUUUAAUAGACGAUCAAACGGAAUAUAAUACGUACAUACAUUCGUUCGUUCGUUCGUUCGUAGAAAUGCAGUCGAUAUGUUCUUUAAUAUGACCAAGACGAAUCGAAAUCUUAUCCUUGACUAUUAUUCCCCUUAAUAUUUCAAAUAUUUAUAACGAUCUAAGCGAUACUAGAGUCAUGUUAUUUUUCCCACGACAUGUCAAUAAUAAAUCACUACGUUGUUUCGUUAUGCGUUAUGUUCCUCUUGGUUGUAAUAAAAGUCUCGAGAAUGAGCAGAAUAUAAAAUAUUCUUCGUACUAUUCGAUCACGGAGAGUAAAUAAAUUGAUUUUCAUUAAUUAAUCGUAUGAUCGAAUGAAAUUUAAGAACGAUAUUUAUUUAUCUUGAAGAAAAAUCUUGAGGAAAGUCGAUAAAAAAAUUCAUUUAAUGUGAUCACAGUCAUAAUCAUAUAGAAUCUCCGUAAAACCUUCGAGUAGUAUGAGGGUAAAAAAAAAGAAAAAAGAAAUGCUUCAUUUCGAAUUAGUAGAAAGUAGUCGUAGGUAAAAAAAAAAGAUGCGAGGGACGCCGAUAGCGGGCGGAGCUUCGUCACAUUUCUUGCCUUUACAGAGACAAGAGAGAGAGAGAGAGAGAGAGAGAGAGAGAGAGAGAGAGAGAGAGAGAGAGAGAGAGAGAGAGAUAAACAGACAGAGAGUGAGAGAGACAGAGAGAGAGAGAGAGAGAGAGAGAGAGAGAAAGCAGGAACAGGACAAGUAUCAUAGAAGGAUGACGAAAACAGUGUUCCUUCGAUAAUAAGAAAUAAAAGAAAAGGAUAUUGGCUAAAUAUUUCUCUGAUCGAUAUAGAGAGAAAUAAAAAAAAAAAAGAAAGGACUGACUGCAAAAGAAAGAACUGGAAAAGGUUUAUCAAAGGUGGAUGCCAAAGGAUGUACGCUGCAGCGGGUGGUGCAAGUAUUGCAAGUCGGAGGAAGCAAAAGCGUCUGCAGUUAUAUAAACGUGGAGCCGAAGGUGGCCCAGGAACGGCAAGAAGAAUCAAGACAACUCUGACGAAUCAAACGGUGAUAAGGACAACAACUACGACGACAACGAACAAGUUCGCUCAUCAGCAUCAGCAUCAGCACCACCACCACCACCACCACCACCACCAUCAUCAUCAACACCAACACCAACACCACCACCACCACCACCAACACGUUGUCCAAUCACCCUUCGCGGCACAAGCACCACAAUCAUCCCAAUUCCAUACGGGCAUCGAUCGACAGCAGCGUUCUCGCGUCGAGAAGUGCCAACAACUAGCACCUGUCUCGCCCAUUCAAUUCCCCAUAUCGCCGCCACCGCUCUCACUGGAAUCAUCGGGUUCGGUCACCUGCGCUACUAACAAGCCUAACAGCUUCCCUUUUCCGCCACCCUCGAUCCUCGAUCUAAGAAUCUCGCCUACUUCCACGCCGGAGCUACAGUGUCAGGGAGCUGGAAAGGUAGCAUGGCAGGGAUGCAACAGAUCAUCCCCUCUUCCUUUAUUCCCUAAUUUACCACACGGCUGUCGCGGCGGCGAUGGAUACAAAACGAAACAAUGCGAGGCUCAUCGAAGAUGGAUGAAGAGGAACAGGAUACGAGAUGCCAGUUAUUGUUAUGGCAGUAGCGGAGAGGACGACGACGACGACAUAAGCGGUAGCGUAAAUCGUCGUAGAGCCGAAGUGAAUGCAGCUGUGAACACCGUACUUUAUGCCGGGCUUGGUGCCACGGCUCUUGGCCUAGUGAUUUCGUUCGUUGGGACCGGUGAGAAAGGAUUUCUCAGUCCCGAGCUGAAAUUAAUCGGACCAUCGUUACUGUGCGCUGGCCUACUUUGCUGCCUAUUUCGUGUACUGCUUUGUCUAUGCCUGUGCCGCUGCGGCGAAUGCCGUUGGUGCCUUUGUAAGCAGUCCCGAAACAAGAAAGAAAAGGAAAAACAGAAGACGGAAACGCGUCCAUCUGGUCCAAUGCAGACAGCCUCGCUUCUUUCCCCAGUGCCACAGCAACCAGCCACACACUCGUCUUGCCAAGUGUCAUCGUCGGCGAAGGGACAUGAACUCUUACUCUCUCCUGCCCAAUUACCUGAAUGAAAAUAUGAUUUCAAACGUUUUCUAUCGAAUUCUACACGCCGAUCUACUGCCGAUUCUGUCCAAGAAAGAGAAAAGAAGAGAUACGAAAAGAAAGGGAGGAAGGAAAGAAGAAGAAGAAGAAGAAAAAAUAAAAAGAGAAAGAUAAA